AUGAACUUCGCGGAUUUUAUACGGUCAGGCUUAUUAUUCCUAGUAUUGAUUGCAGAAAAUUUAGUGGAAGCUUGCUUUGCAACAUCACCUGGAAAUGAUCCAGUUGUGACGCCUCCUUUGAGAACAUGCUCUUCUUCAACUAUAACCUAUGGGACGGCAAACGGUCAGGAAGUUGCUGUCACUCCGUCCAAUCUGGUAUCCACACCUAUUGCUGGCACAUCCGACUCAAUAUCCAGAAUGCAAAUAGCAUGUUCUGCGGAUGCUGGCAACUACGUAUCCAUGCAAAUCGACGAAAAUUUCGACCCAGUAGAGAACGCUGCAACUUUUGAACCAGCAUCUGUAACAAUUACCGCUGAAUGUAGUAGUGUGGAUAUGCAAUGGUACUACGUCGGCGUCUCCGAAGGCCAGACUAUCAGACAACUCAUGACAUCGGUAAAAUGUGAGCAGAUACCAACUCUACGAGCGUGCUCCCCUACUGCUCUUACCUAUGGAGUUGGGGACAAUGAUAAAGUUAUUGACGUGGAUUAUUCGGACUUCAUGUCCACGCCAGUCACUGGCUCACUAGAAACAACGUCAACUAUGAAAGUCAGCUGCUCUGCAAAAGACAAAUACAUUGCAAAUAUGCUCAUUGAUAAUAUUGGAGCACAGGAGAACGAUGCAACCCCUCCUCCACAGACAGUCACUAUUAACGCCGAAUGUAACAGUGCAGAUAUGGUAUGGUACUACGUGACGACUGUCAAUGGUGAAACUGUCAAAAAAAGUAUGAGUUCGAUAUCUUGUACACAAAGUACAUGCUCUGCGAAAUCACUGACGUAUGGAGUAGGAGAUGACCUCCAACCUCAGCAAAUGAUUGAUGUUAGUUAUACUGAUUACGUAACAACACCUGUAGCUGGCUCCACCGAAACCACAUCUUCAAUGAAAAUCACUUGCUCGGCUAUUGCCGGAUACAUUGCUGCCAUGGCAUUAAAUAAUGGACUGUUGGAGGCUAAUGAAAACGGCGCACUACCUCAAACAAUUACCAUCACCGCGGAAUGCAGCAGUGUGGAUUCUGUUUGGAACUAUGUUACAGUGCUUCAAGGUGAAACGUAUAGAAUACCUAUGACGGGACUCACCACUUGCUCACAAAUUCCAAAUCAAAACCCGACGAUAAGAACUUGCUCUUCAACGGCGGUAACCUAUGGAAUGGGAGAUAAUCAGCAACCCGAAGUGCAGAUUGAUGUUACGCAAACUGACUUCAUGUCUACACCGAUCGCUGGCACAAUUGAAACAACUUCAACAAUGAAAGUCAGUUGUUCAGCCAUAGACAAAUAUCAUGCAGUCAUGACAGUGAAUGCUAUAGGAGCUGCGGAGAACGACUUGGUCCCUCCUCCGCAGACAGUUACCAUCAACGCAGAGUGCAGUAGUGUAGAUAUGAUUUGGUACUACGUGUCCACUGUCGGAGGUACCAGAAGAGUUAUGGAUUCGGUUACUUGUGCACAAAGUACCUGCUCACCAAAAUCGUUGACGUAUGGGGUGGGAGAUAAUCAAACACCACAAUUCCAGAUUGAUGUUGGUUAUUCUGACUUCAUGACUACUCCAAAUGGUGCAACAGAGACAAUAUCCACAAUGAAAAUCAGUUGCACGGCCAUUGCUGGAUUCAUUGCUAGCAUGCAAGUAGAUGGUGCUGAAGCUAUUGAAAACGGUUUCGAUCAAACAGUAACUAUCAACGCAGAGUGCAGCAAUGUAGAUUCAAUUUGGUAUUAUAUCUCAGAACUUGGAGGUCUACCUGUCAAAAAACCAUUGAGUGAAGUCCUUUGUCAACAAAUUUUCUAA